CUGGCCGUCCUUGAGAGGCGGGGGCCGAAGGGUCGGCGGGGACGGGAGGUUGCCGGGGGGCUGCGGCGACGGGGCGCGGCGCUGGGCCCCUGGAGGACGCGCCCGGCCCGCCAGAGCAAGGCCUGUGCCUCCCUCCCGCGGCCCGCGGGGUCAGCCCGACCGAAGGGAGGGGAAAACAACCAGCCCCCACGCCCCGGAGAGGCGCACACACAUCCAGGCCGGCCGCCCGCACCCUCGGGGGCCGCUGACUGCUGCAAAACACCCGCCUCCCCUCAAGGCCGCGGCGCAGCGGCCAGGCCCCGGCAGCCCUUGGCUCUGGCAGGGCCUGGGGGUCCCCGAGCGGCCCGUGGGCCGGCAGCCUCCCGGCGGACGGAGCACACGGCACGGGAGCGGGGGACACGCUGCCGUCGGAGCGUGGGGAUGUGCUGUGCCCCACCGAGCUGCCGUCCUGCCGUCUGCCCCGCGCUCGCAGCGCCCAGGCUGUGCAGCCGCUCAGUUACCGAGUGCGGCCCAAAGCCACCUUUAGUGCUUACCCGUUCCUGGCACGCUUCUGCCUGCCUCAGCCAUGCUUAUGUGCUGAAUCCCCGUGGCCAGGAUGCCAAGGGUUGGUGUUGCAGUGUGUCUUGGUCCCACCACGUUCACCCUGGUGUGUGCAUUUCUGUAGUGCCCUGGACCAGGCAGCAUGGAGUUCCAGGAUCUGAAGGAGGAAGAGGAGCCAAGAGAAGACGAGCUGAAGGCUUCGGCGAUUAGUGAUGACUUCCAGAAGAAGGUGUCUCUGGAGCAAGCCUGCAUCCCAAGUGAUAUUGCUGAUUUUGACUGGAGCUCCAUUGACACAUCCCAGUUACCAUCCUCGUACAAGAUAAAUUCCCCAAAGGAAAAGAAGCUGUUGCAUAUUGCUGACAGUUUCCUCCAGCGGUACGCUCACCUCCACCCUGACCGCAAGCCGCUCUUCCUCCACCCGGUCAAUGAGUGUGGCCUGCAGAAGUUUGUGAGCACAACCGUGAGGCCAACCCUGCUGCCUUAUCCAGAACUGUACUACUGGGAUGGCUGUGCCAGCUUUGUCUCCGACUACCUCACCAUGGUGCCCCUCAAGUCCCCUGUCACACCGCCCACUUCACUUUACUCGCCAACCACCAUCCUGAAAUACCAGCGAGGGAACUGCUUUGACUUCAGCAUGCUGCUGUGCUCCAUGCUGAUUGGGGCCGGGUAUGAUGCCUACUGCGUGCAUGGGUAUGCUAGCCGUGAGAUAUGCACCCUGGAUGAGACUCUGGAGCUGUGCCCACUGCUCAAGAAGCCACAGGAGAGGCAGGUACCAAAAGAGGAGGAGAAGAAGUCGUCCAGCAAAUACAGAAUUAAGUUCCCACCAGUCCGACAGAGCCAGUUUGACCUUCAGCAGGAGGCCAAGAAGAAGGCAGAGGCUGAAGCUGCUCAAAAGAAGAAGGAAAGAGAAGAGGGGAAGGUCACGGAAGUGGAAAAGCCCAGGCGUGACCGUUUGCAUGGCUUACGGGUGCACGCAUGGGUUUUGGUUCUGUCUGGGAAGAGGGAGGUUCCUGAGACCUUCUUCAUCAACCCCUUCACGGGAAGCAGCCACAGCACCAAGGAUGAGAGCUUCCUUGGGAUCGAGAGCAUCUGGAACCACAGGAACUACUGGGUGAACACGCAGGACUGCCGGAGUGGCUGCAAGGAUCUCAUCUUUGACUUGAGUAACACUAUCUGCUGGGAAAUUAUGCUUCUGGAGAGCAAGAAGCCUCUUCAGCUGCUUGCAGAUUACAAGGAAAAUGAGUUACCUGACAGCAACAUGGAUGACAUGCAGGAAAAGGAGGAGAAAGACAUGAGUUUUGACAUUCCACCAUCAUGGGUAGCUCCAAUUCAGCUGUCGCCCAGAGAGUUUGAGACCCGCUAUUCCCAGGGGAGGAAGGUGAUCCUGUACAAGAAAGCAAAACUGGAGAAAUGGGCACCAUACCUGAAUAGAGAUGGGCUGGUGAAGCGCCUCACUGUCUACGCAGACUUAGAACGUACUGAAGUAGUAGAAGGGAGGGAGUGGUUCACAAACCGAGAAGACAUGUUGGAUAGGAGAGAAGUGAAUAAACAAAUGCAGCUGACCACAGUGUACUUCAGCCCAGGACGCCUCUUUGGUCUUAAAGCUCACACCUAUACAUCGCUGGAACCCGAGACUGACCGCACGAUGGAGUUUUACAGUGAGGCACGAGCUGAUGGCCUCCAGAAACGUCUUGAAAACGCUCGUGAGAUGACAGAGUACUUUUUGGGGCGGGAUGACUUCCUGCACAUCCGGCACAUGGAGUUUGGCCAAAGAGAAAAGAACGUACACUUGGCUGGCACCAGUACGGACAUCAACUCCCGGCCCAUAACGGAAAUCAAGGAGUGUUUCCACAGAAAUGUAAAAAAGCCUGCUGAUGAAGACGUAGCAGAACGUACCUUUCUGAUUACAGAGGAGAGAAUCCAACUGACGUACCACCUGAAGGAUUACUACAUUACUGCCUCAACGAAGGAAUUCUUCAAAGCAACAAAGAGGAAUAGAAGAAGAAAUGAAAUCUCUGUGACCCCAGAAAUUUCAUGCAUCACAUACCAGGCAGGGCCCGCUGAGAAAGAGCUGAGUCUGUUCCACCUGUACGAUUUGUUGCAGGAGUUAAAAGAGGAAGAGAAACGGCUGAAGCGACAAGUCCGGCAAUCUGAAGCAGAGGUGUUAGAUAUUUUGAAGAUCUGUGAGGAUGAAGAAACCACUGUUAAAUUGUCAGUUUCGACUUAUAAUACAGGAAGGAAUGAAAAGAGAAGACAACAGUAUGAAGUCAUGUGAAAAGCAGAGAGCCCCAGAGAGACACCUUGCCCUUGAAGAAAAGCCUAGCUGAGCAUCUCUGUCAUGCCUGACUUCUUUAUUCCUUCACACCAGACACUGGAAAUCAGUGCUGAAGCUUGUUAGAAACAGCCUGGAGAAAACAUGGAAAGAUCUUGCUAUAUGCCUGCAGUAAACCUUUCACAAUUAUUAGAUUCAUGGAGAUUUUAAUAAACUUGUUGCAUUCCACUGGCUUUCACUUUUCUCUUUUCUUUUAAGGCCCAUCUACAAUUACAUCAGUUGUCUUCCCACGCAAUUCCGUGAUGUUUUGAGACUGAAGUCUGAAUGAGACUUUAGCUUUAAGGCCUGCUUUAGAACUUGCUACAAUUUAUGUAUAC